AUGCCUUUUGAUUCCGCACAACCCGUUAAUUUCUUUGGGGAAUUGUCUCUUUCUUCUGACUCCUCAACACCCCAAGAAGAUAGCCAAUUAAUUCCAAUUCCUGAGGUUUCCACUCAUGAGGCACUCAAUGUUUCCGUUAGCCCUACUCCUAGGAGUAGGGUUAGAGAAAGAGAAGUUAGAAAAUGCAACCAUGGUGACCUUGCCAUCUUACGGGUGGUAAAGAAAGGGGGUCAAAACCAUGGAAGGAAAUUUUACUCAUGCCCUCAUUUUCCUAAGGGUGCUUCAUGUGAUUAUUUCUGUUGGGAAGAACCCGAAUAUCUUCCUGGUGGAUAUCCAUCAAUAUUUAACCGUCGGCGUAUCUCGAUGCAAAAGAUGACACGUGGCGUUACACGGAUUCCACAACAUUCAUUUACCAACGUCGCCAAUGAUGCUAAUGACGAUAACAAUGACGAUAACAAUGAUAUAAACAAUGUUAACAAAGUCAUUAUUAUUGAAGAGGAAGAGAAAUUUCAUGUAGCAACUGCUUCAUCCAACAACAUCAAUGACACUAAUGAUACUAAUAAUACCAAUGAUGCCGACAAUGGCAAUGUUGUUACAGAGCCGUAUGACGAUUUAUCAGAUUUGAGACCCGAGGAUGUCGACCCUACAUGGCUUCAAUCAGUUAUCGAAGAAGAAGAACAACUACGUGCCGCUUUACCGGAACCCGAAACCAAAUCCAUUUGCCCUACUUACAAGGGGAAAACUGGAGCUCUCUUCUCUCUUAAAGCUUAUGAAAACUGGGAGAAGGUUCCCAAGUUUACUCCCGAACAAUUUCGUGAUGUCAUUGUAAAUCAUUUUAUGACACACGAAGGAAAGGAGAAGAAUAUCAAUGAAAUUUUCCUUCAAAAGGAUAAGGCUUUGAAAGAUUUGGAAAAGACACAAGAGGAAGUGGACACCCUUAAAAAAGAGCUCGAGCGGUCAAAACUUGAAACCAAUGUUGAAAUCACCCAAAAGCGAUUGUUGCAACAUGAAAAGAAUCAAUUGGAGGAGGAAAACCGAAAAUUGAAAAAGAGACGACUGUAA